GCUUCUCUGCUGUAGUGCGCAACGGACCUCGGUGUGGGUGUACGUAACAAACAAUAAAGCACAUUGUGAGACACAAAACCACAGUCGACCCACAAAAGCCGCAAGGCUAACGAAUCGGACACAGCGCUAGUAACUUGAGCUCUCCUAAGAUAACAGAAACAGACAAACAAGUUACUCCCGAGACGCUGUUGAAUUUGUUUACGUUGAGCAGCAGCCGAAGCACCUGGAAAAUGUUCCGCACCACGGAAAUCGGCAGCGAAGAAACUUUGCCUGCACUUGCGGAUCUCACCCAGACAACGGUUGGUUCAUUAUCUGAUUUUGGGGAGCACGAAAAGCUAAGAAAACCACGCAGCUCGUUACCCAACUAUGGUUUUGCGCCCAUAUCCAAUAUACGGAUUGAGUACAAAUACCCACGAGCCGUGUUCUUUAUACUGGCCACCAAGUUCUUUGAGGCCUUUGCAGCGAAUGGCAUGCGCACCAUACUUGUGCUCUUUUUGCGCGAUGAUCUCAACUUUACGGAAGGCUUCUCCACGAUUGUGUUGCACAUAUUUAACUUUUUUGGACAGUUCUGUCCCAUUAUUGGGGCCAUACUGGCGGACAGUUAUAUGGGCAAUAUUCGCACCAUAUCGGGAUUCUGUUUCCUCUAUGGCUUUGGUUGGAUUCUGCUGACCAUGACAUCAGUGCCAUAUAUGGGCUUGCCCGUCAUAGCAUUUUUGCUGGUAUCUAUCUCCUUCAUAGCUGUGGGCAAUGGAUCUGUACGCGCCUGCAUCACUUCGCUGGGUGCACUACAAUUUAAGCUUCCCGAGCAAUCCGCCCAUUUGACAGAGUAUUUCUCCUUCUAUUACUUUGUCUACUAUUUUGGAAUCUUUUUGAGCAAAAUUCUGCCGCCGCUGGUGCGCGCAAACACGCAAUGCUUUGAUAAGACGACAUGCUAUCCGGCUGUGUUCGGCACGCUGGGAAGCUCCUUCAUGGUGGCUUGGGUCAUUUUUUUGAUGGGCAAAUGCUUUUACAAGCCGGAGAAAGUGUCUGGUGAUAAUAUACUCUUCAAAUUCUGGGGCUGCAUCAAAGCAGCGCUGCUAGAGAAGUGGCGACGUCGCAAGUCCGCCAAGAGAUGCAACUAUUGGUUGCACAAUGCCGUGGGGCCAUACGAUGCGUAUUUUGUGACGGAUGUUUCCAAAGUGUUGCGCAUUAGCAAGCUAUUCAUUCCGCUGCCUGUUUACUUUGCGCUGCUCGCUCAGCAGGACUCCAGCUGGACGUUUCAGGCAGCCAUGAUGAACACCACAGUUUUAGGCGUUACCAUAGAGCCGGAUCAGGCAAAGGCCGUAGGACCAAUCUUUCUCUUUAUGCUUAUUCCCCUAUGGCAAUAUGUGACCGCUCCAAUGUUGCGUCGACUGUUCCACUGGGAGUUGCAGCCACUGCAUAGCGUCACCAUUGGCGGUAUUUGCUCAGCUGGCGCCUUCUUCUGUGCCGGUAUUCUACAGGAUCGCAUUAUGGAAUCGCCAAGUCAGAGCAUUAACAUUGCCUGGCAGCUUCCACAAUUUCUGCUGCUCAUGUUGGGCGAAUUGUUGCUGUCCAUUCCGGGUCUGCAGUUUGCAUUUACCCAGGCGCCGUCCUCAAUGAAAUCUGUUGUCACUGCCGCCUGGUUUUUGAAUAAUGCCUUUGGUAAUCUCAUUGUGGUGCUAGUUACCCAAGUAAAUGCGCUUAGCUCUCAAAAGGCUGAGUAUUUCUUUUAUGCUAUGCUGAUGCUGGUGUGCAUCAUAAUCUUUGCCCUGCUGGCCUAUGACUAUGGACUGCAGGAGCGAAAGAGCGACAUUCAUGCAAGAGAUUUGGUUGUGUUGCUGCCCAAUGUGCAGGACAAUCUGCCCAGUUCUAGCAUUCGGAGCGGGAGCGUGUAGUGGCAACUGCUGUGCUCCCGUAUUGUAUUGGCUAAAUCUAACGCCUGUUUCAAGUUCCGAUAAAGUGUGAAAUGUCUGGAAGUGUAGUUGUCAAGUGUUUUCAGUUUUGACAGUCAUUUAAGGAUAACCGCUGGAUGCCGGAAACUCGAGCAUACCAAUAUAAACGGAACAGCCUGAAAGAGGAAUAGAUCCUUUAAUAUAAUUACUUGUAAUUUAUUUACACACAUACACCCACGAAGAAUGACAACAAAUAAACAUAAAAAUGAUGGUGAUUGAAAUCAUUCGAGUAUCUUGAACAUGUACUGUAAUUCCAGAUUUGUAUCAUCGGCUAGAUCUGUGCAGUGAACUCCAUUCAGUACCUUGGAGAUGCCAAACUUGGAGCGCAACGUGUGCGGACGCAGCAGUUUGGCAAUUUCAGGAU